AUGAAAAUUGUCAUUGGAGACGAGGAGUUUCCGGCCCACAAGAUCAUCCUCUCUGCGAAUAGCCCUGUAUUGACGACUAUGUUCUCUACGAAUAUGCGUGAAGCUAAUGAAAAUCGACUUGUUGCGGAGGAUAUUGACACUGAGGCAAUGAAGCUAUUUCUGACUCAUUUGUACACCGGUACUUACAACACCAAGGACAAUACAGAGAUGAUUCCCGAGGUUUUGUAUGGUGCUGAUAAAUAUGAUGUGAAAACCCUGAAGAAAUUGUGUGAGCUUCAAUUAUCAGACAGAUUGUCAUUAGAAAAUGUGCUCAAGAUUGUUGAUAAAGCUGAUACUUACUACGCAGGUGCUUUAAAAGACUGUUGUAUUGACUUUAUGGUUAAAAACAAUCAAAAAAUAACUACUCAUGCGGAUUUUGACCCGCUCUGCUUGGCAAAACCCCAUUUGAUGCUUCGUUUCAUCAAGGAUGUUUCGUCUAUAUCAAAAUGA